UGGGUGCCUUUUGUUUAGACGAUUAGCACUGACUGUGACUGCAAAUCGUCUACAAAGCCCUGCGAUAGAGUGUCUGUGGGUUAGCACACAAUUGGCGCUCAAACACAGCGAGACUUUGAUUACUGUUAUACUGAACCACACGACCAGUCGCUUAGUGUUAGUGCGAGAGUGAGAGACAAAGCAUUGAAAGCAUUAGUCGGACGGCAAACCAAUUGCUGACAAUUCAAUUGAAUUGCAGUUUAGUUUGCAUUCAUAUUAUCAGUAGAUUUGCUGCGAAAUGGCCGACGACUGGGGCGAUGACUGGGGAACGGGAGGCACAGCCAGUGCCGCACCAAAAGCCGCGGCGACAGCGAUGGACGACGACUGGGGGGACUCCGGCGGCACGACUGCCACCAGCAAUGGCUACUCGGGAGGCGGUGGUCGUGGAGGAGGCGGUGGUGGGCGAGGAGGCGGCGGAGGCAACAGUUGCUUCAAUUGCGGCGAAAGCGGUCACAUGAGCCGCGAG